CAGAACGGAGAGAUGAUGUUAAUAUAGGCUAUGAUAAAAGCAAAAUACUAUGGAAACUAGAAACCUGAAAUAAUAACAGAAAAUGUUGGAAAUACUCAGAUCAGGCAACAUUUGUGGAGAGAAACAGUUAAUACUUUGGGUUCAAACCUUUUGUCAGAACUGGCAAAAGUUAAGAGAUGUAACAGGUUUUAAGCAAGUACAGAGGUAGGGGGAGGGGAAGAAAAAACAAAAACAAAAUGGAAGGCUGAAACAAUUUCCAAGGCUGGAGAGAUUAAAUGACAAAAGGGACAAUGGUGUAAGACAAAAGUGGAUGGGACAAAAAACAAAAGGGGGAAAUAGUACCAAUGUCCUCAGGAGCAUCUUCAGGUCAAAGGUCAGGAGUUUCUCAUGACACUCGUAGGAACCGAGAACGAGUGUACCAAUAUGACGAGGUCCCACGAGAAGGCCAGCAUUUGAAUCCAUCUCAUCAGGAGAAGUUUCUCCCUUUAUCAGGUUCCAAAUCUCUGCAGGACUGUGAUUUAGCAGUCAGUGCUGAUCCACUGCCACCGCCUCCUCUGCCUCUACAGCCACCUGUUGGCCCUGAAUUUUAUUUGACUGAAAGUGAUGAACCUGUGACUGCUCUAGAAUUGAAACCAGUAAGACGUUUCAUCCCAGAUUCUGUGAAGAACUUGUUCAAAGGUAAAAACAAUCAACAGUGGAAUAUGGCGUCUUCUACCAAUUACAUUAGUGAUGGAGUGGAGUGUUCACCACCUGCCUCCCCUUCUCCUUCUUCAAGAGAGCAAUCCAGAGUAGAUGAACAUAAAUCAGCUGCUAGCUCUUACAAGGAUCCAUAUGGAGGCUCUGGAGGAAGCUACAACUCACGGAAAGAAACUGAAGCCAUGCUUCCUCGAGAUCCCUAUGAUUCAUUGGAUCGUCAAACCCGCACAGUGCAAAGCUAUAGUGAGAAGGUGCAAGUGUACCAUAUGAAGUACUCCUACAUGAAGUCAUGGGCUGGCUUAUUGAGAAUCUUGUGUGUAGUUCAGUUACUGUCUGGAGCAGCUGUAUUUGCCUGUGUCUGUGCUUACAUACAUAAGGACAAUGAAUGGUACAACAUGUUUGGUUACUCCCGUCCAUACAGUCAUGUUGCCAACAGUUUGCGAGGAGGAUACUAUUAUGAUGGACCAAAGACUCCUUUUGUCAUUGUUGUUGCAGGCUUGGCAUGGGUAAUCACCAUUAUUUUACUUGUACUGGGCAUGUCCAUGUACUAUCGAACUAUCUUACUUGAUUCCAACUGGUGGCCAUUGACUGAGUUCGCCAUUAACAUUGUCAUGUUUAUUCUCUUGCUGGCUGCUGCUAUAGUGUAUUUAAAUGAUAUGAACCGUGGUGGGCUUUGUUAUUAUCCUCUCUUCAAUACUCCAAUGAACUCUACAUUUUGCCGUGUAGAAGGGGGACAAAUCGCUGCAGUCAUCUUCCUAUUUGCUACCAUGUUCCUUUAUCUGAUCAGUUCAAUUGUGUGCUUAAAGCUGUGGCGGCAUGAGGCAAAGAGGAGACAAAAAGAAUAUGCAGAAUAUGAGAUGAGAAGUACAGAAGCUGGCGCAUCAAAGGAAAUGAAUGCUUUGGGAGUUGGAGGGGAGAGAUCUGUGGCUGCUGAUACAAAUCACAAAGAGAAACGAUCACAGGAAUUGGGACAAGUUGAAGCAAAACCAACAGUAUUAAGUGGAUACAUUCCUGCAGGGCAUAUUCCAAAACCUCUUGUGAUGGCUGACUACAUAGCUAAAUAUCCUUCUAUUCGAACCCCUGAAGAACGUGAACGUUACAAGGCUGUCUUUAAUGAUCAACACGCAGAGUACAAAGAGCUUCACGCAGAAGUACAAACUGUUCUGAAAAAAUUCAGUGAAAUGGAUGCCAUGAUGAGCAGACUUCCUCAACAUGCAGAGACCCAACAGGAGUAUGAUAGGAUCACAAAAGUUUUCCAGGAGUAUCAGAAGAAAAAAAAUGAUCCCACAUUCCUGGAGAAAAAAGAGCGUUGUGAAUAUUUGAAAAACAAACUCUCUCAUAUCAAACAGAGAAUUCAAGAAUAUGAUAAAGUCAUGAACUGGAAUGAUAACUUUUAGAGAACUUUAAAAGUUUAGCAAAAUCUUUACAGCAAGUUUUCUUCAUGACUAUUUGACAAAACUCAACUUAUUUUGUGCUUUCUAUAAAUAAAUACAAAAGCCCAUCCUUCUAUUUGAACUUUUCUUGAGAACAGAAAUGGGACUAAGUGAAACAAGGAAUCCAAAUGCAUUUAAGUUGCACUGCUCCUAACUUGAAAUUCAAAUCAGCCUUCAUAUGUAUAUAGAGUAUAUUCCAAAUAGUAAAUAUUUGUGUAACUUUUUAAUAUUUAUAAUGGGCACUAGCUAGAGAUAUUUUUAUACAAACUAUUUUGCAUACAGGGUAAAAUUACAAGACCUUUAAUUACAUGACGUCUUCUAUUCAGUGUGCUCAGCCAGAAUCCUGUACUGAAUUUGUUGAAUUAUUUACAAAUUUGAAUGGUAUUUAAGCUGAAUGUAUUAAAUGCUGCAAAUAAACCUUUUAAGAAUGUACUUGUAAAUCUAUGUAAUUGGGUGCAUAACUAACAACUGGAAGGACUGAAAUGAGCUUUGUGCAGAUCUCCACCUCCCCUCAAACGUUGGAUCCUUCUUGGAAACUUGGAAUUUAAGAUGCAUCAAAAUGUAGAUUAUUUUCUAAAAGAAUGAAACAGAAGUUGAAUGCUAAACAGGGUACAGUCUACUUUAUAUAUCUGCCUUUGUACCCUGAACUGAUAUUACCAACCAUAAGCUUUAAAUAUUCAAGCAAUGAAAGUGUUAUAGAGAAGAGCCAUGAGGGUGAUCCUUAGAAUCAAAGAAUUUUGUUUUGAGCUGAGAUUCAAAAGUUUUAGCCUUGAAAAGAGACUGGAAGAAAUUACCUUGUAGAAGCAUACAGGAUAUUGAAUGGCAUAUUAGAGGCUAAUCUAAACAUGGUGGGAUACUAGAAAAUAGUUAAUUUUUCCUUCAGCAGUUUCAUUCUAUUAAGUACGAAUGUGAGGGUGGCCCUCAUGCAAAGACUCAUUAAGGCCUGGAAGGAACAUCUUGGACAAGUGAAGCAGAAAUGCUUGGGCUUAUUCAAGGGUUGGUCAAAUUACAUGAAGGGAUGGAUGAUCUGUAUCUAGCGUACUAUUUUUAAAAAUGAUUUCUAUAGCUCCAAAGUAAUUUCCAUUUUCAAUUUCUCGAAGCAACUUGUCAAGCACUUGUGUUUUUAUACCUGAGGAAACUUAUUUGUGUAAGUUUUGAAACUUUGUUUAAUUAAUUCUCAUUGUCUUGAGCCACAUCGUUAUAAUUUGUACAUUUUUUUUAAGGGUCAAUAGAGGUUAAAGGAAUUUUUAUAUUUUAGUGUUACUUUGUUUUCUUACAUGCAAGCUUAGCGUUAUACUUUUGAUUUUUCUUUCUCUACCUCCACUUUUUUUCCAGUGCCUUUUCAACAACAAAAUGUGCCUUCUGAUGCAUUAAAAACAAUACUGGUAACCAUUUUGUGCUAUUCAUGCCAAACUAACUAUGUUUAGCUUGUGAGAGCAUACAUUUACACUAAAAACUUUAAAAAUGUGUAGAAACUGUACUGUGACAUAAGUUUAUGUAACUGGAGCAUUUUUAACUAAUGUGCAACAUUGUAAAUAAAUUUUAUGUAAGUU